AUGGCUACUGGACCAACAGCAAAUCGUCCAUUGACAAAAACAUUUUGUGCAAGAUGUCAACAAGUCUUUACACCAAAAGAUGCUAUGCAAAUAUAUCAAGAGAAAUAUUAUCAUCCAGCUUGUUUUUGUUGUUCAAGUUGUGGAAAUACCCUAGCAGGAAAACCUUUCUAUCCUAAACCAAAUAAUCAAUUUCAAUGUGAAACUUGCAAUCAUGCACUUGCACCAAAUUGUUGUGUAUGCAAUCAAAAGAUUCAAUCAGGUACUGCAGCAAAACGAUAUCAAGAACGUCAUUAUCAUAGUAAUUGUUUUCGUUGCUGCAAAUGUACAGCAGUUAUACCUGAUGGUCAUAAUUUUGUCGAUAUGUUAGAUGGACGUUUUCAAUGUUUAACUUGCUCAAAACAUAUAACUGGAUCAUAUCAAGGCAAAGAACAUGCUCCACAUAUGGAGAAUAUAUUGGGUGAAAUCGAGCCUGUUCAAUGUGAUCAAGCAGGACGUAUACCUAUAUGUGACAAAUGUGCACGACCAGUACCAAGUAAUGAAGAAGCAUUUCGACUUGAAACACGUUAUUAUCAUCUUGAAUGUGCUCGUUGUAAUCGAUGUCGUAAGAAACUUUUUAAAGUUCCAUGCAGAAAACUUGGUUCUGCUUUAGUUUGUCAUACAUGCUCAUAA